CAUUCUGCAACAUGAAAAAGCACAAAGUUACGAAAUCCAUAUCAUCAAAUUCAAUAAGUGAUACGUGGUAUCGUAAAUGUUCGAUAUCUAAUGUAAAGACAUAUAUAAACAGAUGGUUUAGCGUUUUUUGUGAAAAUACGAGUCUGCACGGCUUUCAGUACAUAUCAAUGGCCGGAUCCACGAUAUACGAGGCUGCCGUUUGGUUUGUUUUUUGCAUAUCGGCCAUGAUAUUUUGCGGUAUACUUAUGUUACGUGUAUGGAAUAGUUAUUCGAAUCAUCCCAUAGCGACGAGCAUCGACACGUCAAACAGGAUAACGCAAGUGUCAUUUCCUGGUGUUACAAUAUGUAACAAUAAUAAAAUUUAUCGUCCACAUGCCGAAGUUUUUGCCAAUUUGCUACACGAGAACAACUUUACUGAAGAACAGAUCGACAAGUUUUUCCGCUCUCUACCAAAGUUGAUCACAUCCGGUAAUGUGCUAAUCGACGAUGAAACUGCGGAGCAGAUCCUCGAAACUCUUGAUAUGAGUGUCGAAACGCUUAUGAAGCGGCUAAUGCAGCCUUGUAGCGCAUUACUGGUGAGGUGCGCUUGGAUCGGACAGAUUUACGAUUGCAACAAGAUCUUCAGAAUGGUCAAAUCCACUGAAGGGUUUUGUUGCGCGUUUAAUAUGCACUACAAUCAAAGCUUUAAAGAUAAUUCAAUAAAUCACUUGCACGGCGAUUUCACUGAUUCUGAUGAUGGCCGUCUCUAUGAUCUACCGGGUGUGACGAUGAUUUUAAACGCAUCAGGUAGCGGUCUGAAUAGUGGACUUUCAGUUGCCUUGAAUGUCGAGCGUGACACGUACAAGGGGACCACGCGACCUUACGUAGGUGCUUCUGUACUUGUACACGAUCCAAUUGAUUUUCCUGCCGGUGGCACGCACAUGGCGCUACCCGGUCAUACUUUGCAAAUAUCUGUUACCUGUACUUCCAUCACCGCUAAAGACACAUUGCGAGAUAUUCCCAUCGAGAAGCGUUCGUGCUAUCUAGAAGAAGAGGCAUACGUAAAGAUAUCAAAUGAGAUUCGGUAUAACUACGAAUCAUGCUUGUCAAUAUGUAGAGGUAACCAACUCAUGUUUGUUUGUGAUUGCUUACCGUUUUAUUACCCAGAGAUACAAGAAGCAAAUUCGUGUUAUUUAACCGAUAUAUGGUGUCUUUUGUGGAUUGAAAAGUUUACAAGUAUUCUGAAUGUCAAUCAUACCGUACAAAACAUAAUGAACAAUUUUUCGAAAACUUCCGAGGAAUUUGAAAUCUUUAACAGUAUGUUAUCAUGUUCCGAGUGUUUACCAGAAUGUACCGAUCUUUUGUUUCGCACUACUUCGGAAAAUAAUAAAUUUGAAAAUGGAACAGGAUUCGAGAGCGAGUUAACGGACGGUCUUGAUUCGCAAAAUAUAUCUUUUGUGCACGUAUAUUUCGACGAUAUGUUUUACAUCCACUACAUUAAAGAGAGCACCAUUAGUUGGGACGUAUUGCUCGCUUCCUUUGGCGGUAUUUUCGGUCUUUGUCUCGGUGGUUCUGUGAUUAGCGUGAUCGAAUUGAUUUACCUUUUGAUCCGAGAAUGUUUCAAACGACAAUCCCGCAAAAAACGAGAACAAUUUCCCAAAAGUUUGCCGCCGGCGUCGGAAAUAUUGUCAGUUUCCGAUACAAACAUAUAAACAAAAAAAUUAUAAAGUCAGAAGAAAUUUAACAUCGAAUGUAAUUAUGACGUUUGGGAUCAAUCAAAACCUUCAUCAGAACAACAAACGACCACAUCUUUACGUUACGAAGACAAAUGUUAAAAACUUCUAUUUUCUCUAAUCUAGCCAUCAAGUUAGUUGAAGUUAUUUAAUAAUUUGAGAGGAUUUUUGUGAGAUUAUUAAAAAAUACAAAAUGUGCCCACGAUUAUGUAACAUUCGAUACAUUAUAUAAUAGUUCACGUUCUUUAGCUUUAAGAAAAAAUAUCAAUCUUAUAUAUUUGUGCACAAAAAAAUUAUUUAAUGCUAUCAAAGUUGCUUAUCACACGUCUUUUAUGUAGAGAAAAAUUAUAAAGCAAAUAAUUUCAGUUAUAUUUUACAUAUUAAAGAUAGUGAAAUUAUGUAGGAUAAAAGUGCUUAUUUCGAGAUGAUCGCUUAAUACGAGAUAGCGAACAUUUUAUGUAAACGGCUACGAAGUCAUAACUGCGUAUGUUUAACACAUCACAUAUAAAAAUAUCAAAAUUUUUUGUAGUCUCGCUUACUGCCGAAGGUAGAGUGGUGUCUGCCAGAGAGUUGUCGCGUACGCACGGAGAAAAAAAUAAUCAUUAUAACUUUUAAAUAUGUAUUUAACACUUUUAUGUCAUAGGUUUAACUGUCGCUUUAAUUCACGUAAAUGUACACAUGCGCUAUAAGUGAUUCAUUAUGUAGUUUUGUCAAUUUAUUGCAUGUUUUGUCGAUAUAAACUUAAAUUUUCUACAAUUUGGUAUUUUCUACUAUGAGACACGCAGCCGCUCUUAAUAUAAAGUAUUGUAUAUUAGGAACUGUCAAGUUCUUUAUUUGAUGUAGUAAUUUUUUAGUAAUCAUAUUUUUAGAUGAAAACACACAAAGAAGAGGCAAUCGUGGUCUCACGGUCAAUUAGAGGUUGUUAAGGCAAAACAAUGGAAUAUUCAAAAGCAUUUAAUCAAUUCAAUGUCCCAAAGCGUACUAUUGAGCGAUAUGUUAAAAAUGACGAUAGUUGUGUUGUUGCUAAGAUUCCUAUGGAAGGGAAAUCAGCGUGUCUCAUUUUUUCAAAAAAAAAUUACUAAAUGACACACCAAGUACACGCGCACAAGAGAGAACAUAGUAUCAGCAUAAAGCAACGAGCGAC